AUGUCGCAAACAGUUGGCAAGCUCAAAGAUAUGCAUCUCCAGACCCGCCUGGCCUACUCCCGCACAUGGCACUAUGUCGAUGCUGGUUCUGACCCCCGUUCCCUUGGUCGUCUGGCCUCGUCGAUUGCCCUUGUCCUGAUGGGUAAACACAAGCCGAUCUACGACCCCUCGACUGACUGCGGCGACUAUGUUGUUGUUGCUGGUUGCCAUGACCUCCGGACAACGGGAAAGAAGCGAUUCCAGAAGAUGUACUAUUCGCACAACACUCGCCCUGGUAGUCUGCGCAGCAUGACAAUGGAUGAAAUGUUUUCCAAGUGGGGUGGUGGUGAGGUCUUGCGUCGCGCAGUGAAGGGCAUGUUGCCUAAGAACCGGCUGCAAGAUCCUCGGUUGGCUCGUCUGAAGACCUUCGAGGGUCUCGCGCAUCCUUAUAAGCAGAAUAUCGUCAAGUUCGGCAACAAAUCUGUCUUGGGUCAGCUUGAAGUUGAAAAUACUUUCAAGACCGCCCAAGAAACCAAGCCCUCGGCUUAA